AUGGCAUCAACCUCGCAGACUCUCGCCGGCUGGCGAUGGCGCCAACAUGGGAGCGCUGCCAAAGAAUGGCACCCGUGUUCGCACUCGCGACCAACAACGGAAAUCUUCACGGACCUCCUCGACGCAAAACGCAUUCCCGAUCCCUUUCUCGACCGGAAUGAUCGCCUCGUACAAUGGGUAGGAGAAACGGACUGGGAGUACGAGUGCGACUUUGUACACCAGCCGAGCGACAGCCAUGCACGACAGGACCUGGUCUUCGAGGGCCUCGACACCUUUGCCUCUGUGUACCUGAACGAGCAGCUCAUACUCACAUCGUCCAACAUGUUUCAUCGCCACCGGGUCAACGUCACAGACAAAUUGCGCAGUGGGAUCAAUGUUCUGCGCAUCACCUUCCGAAGCGCCUUACACGAAGGUCGUGCCAUCGAGGCCAAACACGGCAAGCUGCGCGCGUUCAACGGCGACAGUUCUCGCGUGCACGUCCGCAAGGCACCUUAUCACUAUGGCUGGGACUGGGGCCCAAUUUUACUCACCUGCGGGCCCUAUCGCGAGAUUCAUCUUGAAAGCUACUCCUCAAUGAUCUCCGACGUGUUCGCCAACCCCGCCGUCACCGAGGACCUGCAGCGUUGCACGCUGGACGUCUCAUGGAGCGCCUCACUAGACCAGGACGCAGUAGUGGACGUCACCGUCACUUCUCCCAGCAAGCUCGUCUUUCAUGUCCAGUCCACCUUGGCUGCGCACGAGACCCACGGGCGUGUCUCCCUCGACAUCCCGCAGCCGGAGCUCUGGUACCCUGCUGGACACGGAGCUCAGGUUUUCUACAACGUCGAAGUGCAAGUACGCAGCAACAGCGGCGCCACUCUUCAUACAGAUACAACGCAGAUCGGUAUCCGCCGCCUGCGCUUGGUGCAACAGCCUUUGCAAGAGGAGCCUGGGACGAGCUUCUUUGUCGAGGUCAACAACCACCCGGUCUACAUCUCCGGAUCCAAUUGGAUUCCUGAUCAUUCCUUCUUGACGGCCCUGACGCCAGAAGACUACAAAAAGUCUGUCGAGGCGUGCUUGGAGGGCAACCAAAACAUGCUGAGAAUAUGGGGUGGUGGCAUAUACGAGCACGACGCCCUCUACGCCGAAUGCGACCGUCAGGGCGUGCUUGUCUGGCAAGACUUCAUGUUCGCUUGUGGCCAGUACCCAUGCUAUCCCGAGUUUGCGGCUAGCGUAGAGCGGGAGGCUGUAGACCAGCUCAAGCGACUCCGACAGUACUGCUCCGUGGUGCUCUACGCAGGCAACAAUGAGGAUUAUCAGGUUGCCGAAAUGCUCAAGCUGGACUGGGACCCGAAUGAUCACUCUGGCGACUGGACAAAGUCCAAUUUCCCAGCUCGGACGAUUUACGAGACCAUUCUCCCCGCCGUCGUUUCUGAGUACUCACCAGGGGUCCCGUACCAUCCUGCGUCUCCGUGGGGCGGCAACGGCACAGAAGACCGUACUAUUGGUGAUAUUCAUCAGUGGAAUGUAUGGCACGGCUCCCAGGAGAAGUACCAGCUUUGGGACAAACUCACCGGAAGAUUUGUGUCCGAGUUUGGCAUGCUGGGAUUCCCGUCUGCCAAAUCCGUCUCUCGUUUCGUGACGGAUCCUGCACAGCGGUUCCCUCAGAGCGCGGUGCUGGACCACCACAACAAAGCCGACGGGGCUGAGCGCAGACUGGCGUUGUACGCCAUGGAGAAUAUUCGCGUCGACUCGAUGCGAUUAGACAGUUGGAUAUAUGGCACGCAGCUCAUACAGGCCGAGUGCCUUGCUUUUGCUGUUCGCAGCUGCCGUCGUCAGUGGAAGGGCCCCGGACGCGAAUACUGCGGCGGCCAACUCAUAUGGCAGAUCAAUGACUGUUGGCCCGUCUCCAGUUGGUCGCUCAUCGACUUCUACGGAGAACGUAAGCUAGCAUUUUUCGCGACAAAGCGCGAGUCGGCGCCUCUCGCGAUCGGAAUCGGUCGCUCCACUCCAGAGCUCAAGAAGUUGAAAUCGCCGCCGCCUCAAUUGCUGGGCCCUCCACACGAUCUCGUCGAUAAAAAGUACAUCUUUGACGUGUGGGCAGUGAACACGACGCUGCAGAAGGCGGCAGUCAGCGUUGAGGUGCGCCUCUUUGACACGCAGACCGGCGAGCUUCGGCAGAAAAUGCCCUUGGGGAACCAAAUCCUUGGCGCCAACCGCUCAAUGGAGCUGGCUGAGGACUGCACCAUUGACAACAGGACUGCGGUCCAAGCCAUCAUGCUUCACCCCGAUGGGCGCGUCGUUUCUCGAGCAUCGGAUUGGCCUCAACCACUGAAGUAUGUUACGCUACCGAGUACGUACAACAUCGAGCUUCAAGUGUUGGACGGCCGGGUCGACAUUACCUCGACCGCUCCUGUGAAGGGCUUGGAGCUGUACCUGGCCGACGAGGAGCGUGAGGUCCGGUGGGGUGAUAACUGCGUGGAUGUGUUCCCCGGGGAUACGUACGUUGUUCAAGCUCAGGGUCUCGUUAAGGGAGAUGACGUGCGUGUCCGUUACUACGGAUCGGACUGGAUUCCGAACCGGGCGGUUUCGAAUGCCUAA